AAGCAAUUGGAAGACGUUUUGUUUAAUAGGGAAUUGGAAGACGGCUUGUGGGAAUUUGUGGGAUGGGUGGAAUAGGGAAAACGACACUUGCAACUGCAUUGUUUAAUAAAAUCUCUCCUCAAUACGAUGCUUGUUGUUACAUUGAUGAUUUAAGCAAAAUUUAUUUUAAUUUUGGAGCAACAAGUGCUCAAAAGCAACUUCUUUGUCAAGCUCUAAAUCAAGGAAAUAUGGAGAUACAUAAUGUUUCCCGUGGAACAAUGUUGAUGAAAAGUAGGCUAUGUCGCUUAAAGACGCUUCUUGUUCUCGAUAACGUUGACGAAGUUGAACAUUUAGAGAAAUUGGGUUUGCGUCCUGAAUAUCUAGGUGCAGGGAGUAGACUCAUCAUAAUUUCUAGAGAUCGUUGCAUCUUACAAAGUUACGGAGUAAAGGAAGUUUACGACGUUCAACUGUUGGAUAAAAUUGAAGCUCUUCAAUUAUUUUGCAAAAAAGCUUUCAAAUCUAACGAUAUUGGGAGAGAACAUGAAGAGUUGACAUUAGAUGUUCUGCAGUAUGCCAAUGGUCUUCCGUUGGCAAUUAAAGUAUUGGGCUCACUUUUACACGAUCGAGAUGUUAGUGAAUGGAGAAAUGCAUUGGCUAGAAUGAAAGAAAAUCCAAGCAAACAUAUCAUGGAUGUGUUGAGAAUAAGUUAUGAUGCAUUGGAGAAUCUAGAGAAAGAAAUAUUUCUAGAUAUUGCUUGUUUCUUCUCCAAUAGGAAUAACUACUCUUAUGAGACAAGAGUGAAGAGACUUCUAGAGUAUCGCCAAUUUUAUCCUGACAUUGGUAUGAAAGUUUUGAUCGAGAAAUCACUAAUAAGUUGUCAAGAUGGGGAGAUUGAAAUGCAUGACUUGUUGAAAGAGUUGGGUAAGAGUAUCGUCCGAGAAAAAGCACCAAAAGAACCAAGAAAGUGGAACAGGUUAUGGAACUACAAGGAUCUCCAAAAAGUUAUGAAAAUAAAUAAGGAAACCGAAAAUGUUGAAGCUAUAGUUAUUCAUCAGAGCGAAAAAGAGUUUCUAGAAGAUGUGGAUGCACUCUCAAAAAUGAAUCAACUGGAGUUGCUGAUUCUAGAGAAUGUGAACUGUUCUGGAACUCUGGAUUGCAUUUCUAAUGAAUUGAGAUAUCUACAAUGGAAUCACUUUCCUUUGAUGUCUUUGCCAUCAAAUUUCCAUCCAGAUCAACUUGUAGAACUGAUCCUGCCUCAUAGCAAUAUCAAGAAAUUAUGGGAAGGCAAAAAGUUUCUGCCUAAUCUGACAAUGCUGGAUAUGAGUCACUCCAAAUAUCUUAUUGCGGUGCCAGACUUAAGUGAGGUUCCACGUCUUGAGAGUCUUGAUCUUGAAGGAUGUAUACAACUAGUCGAGAUCCAUCCAUCCAUUGGUAUUCUAAGAGAACUUCGAUGUUUGAAUUUGAAAAAUUGUAAAAAUCUUGUCCUUAACCUGAAUAUGCUUUUUGGGAUCAGUUCUCUUUCGGGCUUAUAUCUCUCUGGUUGUUCAAAAUUACUUAAUAGUAAGAUGUUAAUGGAGCCAAGGGACACAAAACAUUUGGAGGAAAUUGUUAAAAUUACAAAUGCCAUUCAAUUCCCAACAUCCUCUGUAUACAAACUUCUAAUGUUGCCUUUCAAUUUUCUCUACCCUCCAAAACCUGAAGAUUCACUUGGUUUGGUAUUGUCUUUGUCUUCUGUCCCAUGUUUGGUUUAUCUUGAUAUAAGCUUCUGCAAUCUACUUCGAAUCCCAGAUGAAAUUGGGAACUUACAUUCUUUAGUAGGACUAAAUCUGGGGGGAAACAAAUUUGUGACACUACCAAGCACCAUCAAGCAACUUUCUAAUCUUGAACGUUUGUACUUGGAAUACUGCAAGCAGCUGAAAUAUUUGCCCGAGCUUCCAACAAUAAAACAAAAAAAUAUUGGCGGAUACUAUGGGUUGGGAUUAUACAUUUUUGAUUGCACCAAGUUAAGUGAUAUGGAACACUGUUAUAGCAUGGUUUUUUCUUGGAUGACGCAAAAUCUUCAGGUUUUCUUCCAACCUACUAUUUCCUCUGCUCGGAUUGAAAUGGAAAUUGUUAUUCCUGGAAGUGAAAUUCCAAAGUGGUUCAAUAAACAAAGUGCAAGUACAUCAAUAAGUAUGGACCCAUCUGAUGUUAUAGAUGACCCAAAUUGGAUAGGUGUUGCCAUUUGUGUUCUAUUUGUCACACUCCAAGAUCCUAUGAAUCUGGGUGAAAGAGAUGAUGAUCAUUUAUCUAAUCUUUGGUUCGGUGUCAAUAAUUCCAAGCGAAGAUGGUAUAUAGGAGUUCCAAUAUAUUUUAAGAAAGAUCUAGUGACAGUUGGAUUAGAUCACUUGGUUACGGUGUUUUACUCUCGACAACAAUUCAUUCAUCUUCUAAGCACACCUCCAAAUACCAUGCAUGAUCUCUAUCAAACUGAAUUUGGAACUUUUAUUCAUCAUCCUAAAGGUUUACGAAUUGUCGUGAAGAAGUGCGGGUAUCGUUGGGUAUUUAAGGAGGAUCUUCAACAAUUCAACUCAAACAUGUUUUUCAGCACAAAUUCCUCAUCUCGAAAGAGGAAACUUCUAACAAGCGAUUAACCAUGGAGAGCCUUCGAAAGCCUUCAGCCUAGAAAUUUCUUCUAAACCAC